CUUGGAAAUUUGGGGGAAAUUUUUUACUGAGUUGUUUUUUUUAACCGUCGAUAGUUCUUGUUGUUGGGUUGUAAUUGAUGUUUGUGAGGUUAGUUGGGUAGAUUGCUCUAAUCACAUCUCUCUCUCUCUCUCUCUCUCUCUUAUAUCCUCCUUUGGUUCUUCCUCUUACCUCUUGGCUUCUGGGGCGGAUAAAACGGUGACACCCUCUUCGGCUAAUCCAAAAUCUCAGACAAAGUUUCUGCCAUUAGAGACUUGCAAAGUGGGAGUUUUUUUAGUCUUUGCCCAAGUGCGAAUCUCUGUUUUCUGAUCCUUUUGCAGUGGGAGAUGAUAAGCAAAAGAAGAAAUCUCUAGAUGGAAGAGGAAAGCGAGUUUCGGCACUGGGACGAGUUAAUCCCGGACGCACUCGGCUUAAUCUUUAGGAACUUGCCCCUCCAAGAGGUCCUGACAGUCGUCCCUAGGGUUUGCAAAGCAUGGAACCGAGCUGUAAACGGACCUUAUUGCUGGCAAGAGAUUGACAUUGAGCUUUGGAGCAAUCGCCGCCAUGAACCUCACCAUCUAGAUCGAAUGCUUCAGACGCUGAUCACAAGGAGCUCCGGCUCUCUCCGCAAGCUCGCAGUCACUGGCCUCCAGAAUGAUUCUAUCUUCUCCUUCAUUGCUCAGCAUGCCGGUUCGCUUAGAAUGUUGAGGGUACCGAGAAGUGAUCUGAGCGAUUCGGUCGUGGAAGAGGUAGCCGAAAAGCUUUCGACACUCACUUUCUUGGACUUGAGUUACUGCUGCAAGCUAGGUUCCCCGGCCAUAGAAGCCAUUGGAAAGCACUGUAAAUCUCUUGUAGAGUUCUGCAGGAACAUGCACCCGUUAGACGUAGCAAGUGUCAGCUCUCACGACGACGAAGCUUACGCAAUCGCCAACUCGAUGCCAAAGCUCAAGCGUCUAGAGAUGGCCUACCUCCGAGUUAGCACUGAAGGAGUGCUCAAGAUCUUAUCCAGCUGCCCUUCCCUUGAGUUCUUGGAACUGAGGGGCUGUUGGGACGUGCAGCUCGACAGCAAGUUCUUCAAGGAAAAGUUCCCGAAUCUGAAGGUGUUAGGCCCCCGAGUGGUCGGAUUCUAUGAAAUGAUGAACGAUUGGGAGGACUGUUCGGAUUAUUUCUCAGAUGGGUCUGAAUACUUGGCCUGGGAGUUUCUUGAUGGCGAAAUGGGUGAGUUUUACGAAGACGAGAUUGAUUUCGGAUUUGAAGGCGCAUUUUACGCAGAAAGACUGAACUCGGAUUUCGAGCCUUACCUCUGGCCGCCAUCUCCAUAACCAGGUCUGGUUUGAGCUCUCUAUUGCUAGUUUUACCUAAGGUCUGCUGCUUCUCUAGUAUAUGCUUUUACACUCUCUUAAGAUGUGUCUUGAUCUUAUGUAUGUGCUUGAACAUAAAACUGAACUGAACUGAACUUAUGCGGUUUGGUUUUUUUGUUCAUCCUUGCUUACAUAUUGUUGCAUUCUAAUCCAACCGGGCACCACGAGAGAUAUCGGCCGAUUCUGGCCGUGACCCGGAAAUCUGUAUGCAGUGUAAAGAUCAAAGCUUUCACCUUUAGCAGAUUCAUGGGAAUGCCCAGGAAUCAGGCAUCGCCAAUGCGGUCUGUUCAUAAAGUGUUCAUGGUUGAAGAGGGAAUUAUGCCCAAUGGCCGACACCUAUAUUAAUUAUU